UAAUUGAUUUCACAUUAGCGGAUGAUGAUGCCAAAUUGGAAAUAUUUCCCAUGCAAGAAGUACAAAGAAAACCCGUGGGUAAAUCCUUAAUAUUAACCUGUCGACCCAAUGUGCCUCAAGGUAGUCUAGUCACCGAUUUACAGUGGAAAGAUAAUUUCAAUAAUACAAUAUUGCCCAAACCGUACAAAUCUUAUCAACCACUGUAUGAUUCCAAAGGACAUAGAUUAACUGAUAAGUAAGUAAAGGGAAGUUUUAUUAUAUUGGAAAAAUUUCCUUAUAACAAAGAAAAAACUUCCCUUUAGUUUAGAAAUGCUAACCCAAAAAAAAAAGAAAUUAAUGAUUGCUUUUGGAUGAUUUGAAAGAGAAAAAAAUUAAUAAAAUAUUACAUAUAACCACCUAAAACUAGACUUUAAAGAAUAACACACAAAAUUUUAACAAAGUUUUUUUAGUUUUUUGGAAAAAAAAUUUUUAAAUAUUAUUAAAAAGAAAUCCUUAAAUGUU